AUGAGCCAUCUUUUCCCUCACAACUCCUCGGCCUCCCCCCUCAAUAACCGCAGCUCGUCGCAGGAGCCUGGUUUCCCACAGCCGGCACAGAACCAUCCCAGAACACAGUUGACACAGAGCGGGCCGGCGUUGCCCCCAUUGUUCGGUUUCCCAACGACGUCAUCAUCCCAACAGCUGCCUCCCCUCCGGGCACUCAAUAGAAGUGCCCACGCACCGGCAGGUCCGCUGCCGCUUCCGCGCCGGUCACAGCAAACGCCUCUCUUUCCAAAUCAUCUACCCGCAUCGCACGCCUUGAACAACAACGCCUUGCCGUUUGGUUUUCGCCUCGCCAACGACCGUCCACAGUCACCCCUGCACUCUGUCCUCGGCUCUCUCGACGAGAUUGGCCACGACCUCGACUAUGCAAAUUCGCACUUACGGGCUCUUUUGGACAUGCCAGCGCCUCCUGACCUACUAGAUCAGCUACCACCCUCACUCUCGUCCACUUUUCCGCACACGAUGGCAUCACGCUCCAGCGGACCAGCCGGCAGCCGCCGUGAACCCUCGCGCUCCGAGGACAGCGGCCGCCUCAACAAACGGCGCAAACUCGACUCUGACAAGGCUGUUUCUUCACCGUUCAAGGGCUUCCGGUAUGGUCGAUACGGCCAAGUGGAGCCGGGUGCUCUCACGAUGGAGAUUGUUAGCUGCGACGGUGGCCUCUACUCCGACGGAUCGUCGUAUACCGCGGAAAAUAUACUCAAGAACGACAACUCGGUUUAUUGCACAAAGGGAAACCGAUGCAAUAUUGUGUUGCAGCACCAAGGCAGCACCACCUUCAGCCUCAAGGAGCUGAUUAUUAAAGCACCUGGAAGAAACUACUCAUCACCGGUCAAAGAAGGCAUUGUGUUCCUUGCCAUGACCAAGGACGAACUACUCAGGACCGAUCAAUACCAGUCGUUCGGGGUACCUACACCCACAACGUCUUUGUUUCACCAUGUCAGCGGCUUUCGUUCGCGCGCUGGGCGGUCGACAAGGACAGGGUACUUGCAUACCGGGACACAGCGCCGCGACGGAAAUGACCAUAACGGCGGCGUCAGUGAUACUCCCAUGGAGCAGAUUUACGACCUGGCCCUGGACGGCUCUGACCAUCGCAUAUCGUCGGCACAUGCUGGAUUUGAGUCAUUGUCAAACCAGCGGACUUUCCAUGUUCUCACCGAGUGCAGCGAUGACGAAGACGACGACAUGCCUGGUAGAUCGGGACGCGAUCGGGACGCCCGGGGUAUGGGUUGGCGCGGAAAUUCCGGCUGGAGUCCGACGCCGUUGCGCAACCGGGCUCGCAGACGACCACCCACCUAUGACGAUAGCACUCAUCCAAGUGCUCAUCUGACUUGGGAUAUAAACGCGAAUUUGGCAGACGACGAUGACGAUGACGACUACACGGAACUCUACGACUUGGGCAACGCAACGAUUUCAUCCCCCGAGUCUCCACUAGACGAGGCUGACACGAGCCGGCCUCGCACGGACCACAGCCGCGACCGCGCCAACACUGAUGACCGCAACGGCGAAUCUUCCGAGUUUUACCCCAGCACCGCAUUUUUCGAGGGCCGCAACAGAAAUAACAAUGACUCGAAUAGUGCCGGUACUGAUCUUACUUCGAGAAACGAACCGCCGUCUACUUUACAGCGCGCCGAGUUCCACAUUGAGAUGGAUAAGAACAAGUGUACAAUCCUGUUCGACCCCCCCGUGACCGCACGGUAUAUCCUGCUGAAGAUGUGGAACCCACGCCAGGACUCGGCCGGUAACAUCGACAUUCAGGGUGUCGUGGCUAAAGGCUUCGCCGGGCCGCGCUACUUCCCUGCGAUGGAGUUGCGUUAG